AUGGCAAAGAAAGCGCUUGUUCUUGUUGCGGAUGGCACAGAGGAGAUGGAGUUCACAAUCACUUAUGAUACACUCGUCCGCGCAGGCGUAGAAUGUACGUCUGCGAACGUUCAGUCCGGUGGAUCUCCGUACGGGACAGUAGGUACGAGCCCUGCGCUGGUGGUGUGCUCGCGAGGCAUCAAGAUUUUGCCCGAUACUACAUUGCAGCCCCUCGAGGCUGGGCCGGACAAGUACGAUGCCCUCGUUAUCCCCGGCGGACUCAAAGGUUCUGAGACGCUCUCUCAGUCGACGGAGGUGCAGACCCUUGUAAGGGAGUAUUUCAACGCAGGAAAGAUCGUUGCCAUGAUCUGUGCUGGUACUCUGGCUGCCAAGACGGCAGGUCUGCCCCAUCAACCGGUGACGUCACACCCGGUCGUGCAGGACGUUUUGACUCAGGCGUUCAAGUACGAGGAAGGUUCCGUUGUUGUUUCGGACAAGGUGGAGGGUAAGGGAACUCUGGUGACUAGCCGAGGUCCAGGUACCGCUUUCCCGUUUGCGUUCAAGUUGGUCGAGCUGUUGUGCGGGAAGGAAAAGAGCGACGAGGUUCUGGGACCUAUGAUGUUUCCUCCGUCUGUCCCGUACCCGUACUGA